ACUUUGCCCAAUACACUUUAUUAUCAAUACAAUAGCAUCUCUGGUUUCGUGAUUUUCCUAGGCAUAUUGUGCCAAUCAACUCCAUAUACACUCACGGCAACUAUUCAUAUCAUCAACAAAGAGUCUUGUUUCUAGCAUGCAUUCAAACAAAGUUCCUAGAUUGAAUUCACCCAUUUGGCCACCCUCGACCUCUUUAGACCAAGUCAGCCAUACUGCGAAUAGUAGUGGUGUUGAUCAAAGCCAUAAGAACCAACCUUUGUCUGGCAUUGACGACGAGAUGAACGGUAAUUGUCAACUACAUAGUGUCUUGGCUUGAAUGAAUUGAAUCAUUGAGCCUCAAUGACAAUGCUCAGAAAUUGAUGCGAGUCUAUCAAUUUCUUUUAGGUGCUCCAUUAACCCCAGUUUGCAGGUCUGCAAACGAUAGCGAAAUUGACUUGAGAAACAGUGCCAGUAAGCAAGGUAUAUUCUAGUGUAUGCAUACCAUGGCUUGCAAUUUAAAAAACCAUAUCGAAUGCACGACUCUUCAAUGAUCCACCACAUGCUUGAUAGAUUGAGUCCAUCUACUCUUCCAUAAUCAGCUUCAACCAUUGAUGUUCAAGUAUAAUUUUACAUGUGGACAUAUUGUUAACCACAACAUAUUGCUUGCAUUCCCAAUUCAAGAAUUAAACGAGCCUCUUCUUCGACAAUCCCAAGACAACGCUCAGCUACCAUCCACUACAUCUUUUGAAUUUUCCAAUACAGUCUAUUCUAUUCCACUGUCAACGACAUUGUCCAAAAGCGAAACAGAGUUGGAUCGCACCGUGUCGUUGUGGAGUGGCAUUGCAUUGAUUGUGGGAGUGUCAAUCGGAUCUGGUAUUUUUGCCUCGCCUGGUCCUGUAUUCGAGUAUUCUGGAAGUGUUGGUGGUGCAUUGUUGGUUUGGAUUGCUGCAGGAUGUUUAGCCAUGGCUGGAGCAUUGUGCUACGCAGAACUUGGAACAAUGAUCCCAUCAUCUGGAGGAGAACACCCAUACUUGUUGAGGGCCCAUGGAUCCUUGCCCGCAUUUUUAUUUUCUUGGACUGGAAUCACCAUUACUCGACCUGGAAGUUUGUCCAUCAUCACAGUCAUAUCUGCCGAAUACGCAUGUCGCUUGAUAUAUUAUAAUGCCGAUCCCACAUUUUCAUCUCCACCGUAUCUAGUCAAAGCCAUUGCUAUAGGAAUCAUUGUAAUCCUCACAUGUAUUAAUAUCUUGUCAUCACGAGCGAGCACAACCAUGCAAAACAUUCUCACAAUACUCAAAAUUGGAUCGCUAGCGUGGAUUGGAGCUCUUGGGAUAUUACAACUGUGGCGGGAUCCUUUGUCAAGUGGAAACUUUCAAAAGGGAUUGUUUUAUGGCGGAUCCAUGUAUCCGGGAAAUUAUGCAUUGGCUCUUUACUCUGCAUUGUGGGCUUAUGACGGAUGGAAUAAUUUGAAUAUGGUUGCUGGAGAACUUAAAAAUCCAGAAAAGAAUCUGCCGAGAGCAAUCAUUGGUGGCCCGAUUAUCGUUACGCUAUGUUAUGUUGCAACAAAUUUGGCGUACUUUUCCGUGCUUCCUGGAUCCAUUGUUGCUUCUUCAACGACUGUUGGAAUGGAUUUUGGUAAACGUGUAUUUGGACAUGUCGGUGGGAUUAUUAUUCCCUUGAUCGUGAUUGGGUCAACUUUUGGAGCGGCAAAUGCAACGCUGUAUACUGGCUCACGGAUCCUGUUUGUUUCAGCACAAACUGGUCAUGCACCCAAGUUUCUUUCCAACAUUAAUUCACAUACUCGAACACCCAUUAAUGCGCUCAUAACCCAGUCUUUUCUUUCUAUUGUUCUCAUCAGCAUUGGCUCAUUUAAAUCCCUAGUUAAUUUUUACUCGAUGAUUGCAUGGGUAUUUUAUUUCUUGGCUGUGCUGGGAUUGAUUGUGAUGAGAUUCACUGAACCCUAUGCCGAGCGUCCAUUUGUGGUAUGGAUUGGUGUGCCGAUUCUGUUUUGUUUUGGAACAGUGUGUCUCCUGGUAUUUAGUAUUUGGGAAGCACCUAUAGAGGCAGCAGCAGCAGGACUGUUUCUAUUGGCUGGGAUACCUAUUUAUUGGAUUGGAUCUAGAUACAGCGUGACAUGUGAAGGUAAAUUAUAG